GUAGGAGAAUCUCUCCGUCUGAUGGAGGAAGUGGACGGAUUAUUGUUUACGUUUUACUCUGGAAAUAAACAAUAAAAUAGGCAUAACAAAAUGGUUUUAGGCCAGUUGAGCUCACACAUGAUCAACUCGGAUUAAACCACGGACAUAGGAUCUUUAGAAACAGCAAACAGCUAUACUGCCUGGCAGAGGUAAAACUACAGACAGAGCUGUCCACUCUCACUGCGGUGUAUUUGGGUUUGUACCAUUUAAUCAAGGGUUUCUCAGUCUGUUUAUGAGCAUGUACGCACCCCCAGGAACUGCUGUGCCCGGAAACCGGAGGAGGCGAGGUGGCACGGCCCUACCCAAACAGCCAGAGCGGAGCUUGGCAUCUGCACUGCCCGGGGCCCUCUCCAUCACCGCCCUGUGUACAGCCCUGGCAGAACCAGCCUGGCUCCGUGUUCAUGGAGGUACCUGCUCCAGACAAGAGCUGGGGGUCGCAGACGUCUUGGGACAUGUAGAUGAGAAACUUAUUAAUGAUUUCUGUAUUAACUCCCAGUCCAUCCUGCUGCUACGGGUCAUUGCUGCUUUCUGUUUCUUGGGCAUUCUGUGCAGCCUGACAGCAUUUCUCCUGGACGUCUUUGGACCUAAACACCCAGCACUCAAGAUCACACGCAGAUAUGCCUUCGCUCACAUUCUCACAGUGCUCCAGUGCGCUACAGUGAUCGGCUUUUGCUACUGGGCCUCUGAACUCAUUUUAUCACUGCAACAGCAGCACAAAAAGUUCCACGGCUCACUGAUCUAUGUCACAUUUGCCAUCAGUUUUUACCUGGUGGCUGGUGCCGGCGGAGCCUCUAUUUUAGCCACAGCGGCCAACCUGCUCCGUCAUUACCCCACUGAGGAGGAGGAGCAAGCCCUGGAGCUUCUCUCCGAGAUGGAGGAGAGCAGUGAAACGUACCCAGCUGACUAUGAUAUUGCCAAUCAAUUCCAACCUCCACCUGCCUACACACCUUGAUCACCAACCACCGUUCCUCAACGCCACUCCAUUUGUCACACGCCAUCAUUGGCUUUCAGACAAUAAAUGACUGCGAUCUGCAGAUUUUAGGUCCCCCAUCAACAAAAUAAUAUAUAUUCAGUAUCCCACAUCAUCAGAAAUGUCCAUGCUCACACUUAAACAAAUGUUUACUUUGGGGGACAGUGCUUGAGCGCAUGGAUACAUUUUAAGAGAAUAAUUACGCCAGUGCUUGUAGAGUUCCUAAUUCUGUCUGUGACCAUUUGAAUUCAUCUUGCACUAGAUUGCAUGUAUCUGGCAGUAACAACCCAUUACAAAUCUAGAAGACAUAUUUUGGCAGGCUUUAUUAUCUAAAGACUUAAGAAAUGUAAAAUGCAAAGCAUCUCAUCACGAUGCUUGUUGAAGGUGCAUUUACACGCAGCGUUUCUGGCACACUAAACUGUGGGAAAUGAUCUCUAUAAUAUUUGUUCUUAUUUCUGUUGCAUCGCAGGUUCAUCACCGUACAUUUUUUCAUUUUAGAUGUUAUUUAGCUGAACUUUUGAUUUGCCUCUUAAAUAUUAGUUUGUCUGCUUUUUUUAUCAUGCAAAGUAUCAAAUUGUCAUUUUAUUUAUUUGAAUUAACCAGUAGCCUACAGAUGUUACAUUCAUUCUUUUAAAAUGGAUUUCUGUUGGCUUCUGGUAAUGUUGUUUUAAAGAUCAUUCAGAGAUACUCCAGACUGACGAACAAAAAACAAAUGAGUUUUUAAUCAUUAUUGGACCUUCCAGUUUAAAUAGAUUCUCAAAUAAACUAGAAAUAUUUCAGUAUCAAAUUGUACCGGUUAUUUGGAAGCGUUCUGGUUUGCCAACAUCCCACUGUUAGUGUAUUAUGUAUUCCUGAGUUGUAGUUUUUUUUUUUUUGUGAAACUGUGUUUGGUGUGUUUUUAGUAGUCAUAGUAUGAGAACAUCCAGAUGAAAGAGUCUUAAAUUUGAUCAUGAUUGUAUCCACAAUUUCACUAGGUUUGCUUCUGGUUUGAUUAUUUUUAUAAAAUCACUGCAUGGCAUAAAUGGUCUAUGCUGUGAUUUUCAACAUUUCUUACGUUGUAUGGUUUUUUUUUUUUUUUUUUUUUUUAGUAAUUUGGUUGUUUUGUGUUUUACUUAAUUUUACAUGUUCUU